AUGAAACCAAAGACACCAGAUGAACCCCGAACGGAGGAGAUCAUCAAGGCGUCGUCGAUCCCGCUGCAGGGCGGCCGCGGCGUCGCCGCCGCCGCGUCGUGCAAGAACGACGUCUGCGUGCUCGUCGUCGACGCGACGGGCCCCUACAGCGUCGUCAAGGCCGUGAUCACGUCGGAGAGCAACGACGGCGAGUGCUGCGAGGUGCAGCUCGGGUGCGCGACGUCCUGGGCCGUGUGCUGGCGCGGCGACGGCCUCGCGGCGGCCGUCGCGCUCACGGACGACGGCGCGGCCGAGGGCGAGCCGCGGCACCGCUGCGUCUUCGUGGCCAAGAGCGGCGGCGGCUACUUCUGCGUGGACACGAAGGCCGUCGAGUGCGCCGCGGGGCGGCGCCGCAAGCGCGUCGUCGGCGCGGCGUUCGCCGACGACGGGUCCUUGGCCGUCGCGUUCGACGACGGCACGCUGCGCGUCGCGACGUACAAGGUCGACCACGGCCGCGUCGUCGAGGCGCUGAGCUGCGCCUGCGACGCCGAGGGCGGCGAGGCGACGGCGCUCGCGGUCUGCGGCGGCGACCGCUUCGUCGUCGGCUACGGCGACGGCGGCUGCGCCGUCUUCCGCGCGGAGUUCUGCGACGUCAUGGAGACGGCGGCCGUGACCAAGCUCAUGGACCUGCCGCCCCUCGCCGGCGCCGGCGCCGUCACGGCGCUGGCGGGCUGCGCCCACUGGCUCUUCGUCGCGUCGGAAGGCGGACUCCGGUGGUGGGACGCGCCCACGGGCUCCCCGCUCGCGUCGUUCCGGUUGGCUUCGCCGCCCGCGGGCGUCGCCAUCGUCCGCGGCGGCGCGGGCGACGACUGGGCCCUCGCCGCGGCGUUGGACGGCGGCGUCGCGCGCCUCGCCUACGACGCGGACGGCGGCCUGCGCGUGUCGGACGUCGCUGGCGUCGGCGCGGCGCUCGGCGUCUGCGCGGGGCCCGUGCCCGACGCGGCGCCCCCGGCCCUCGCCGUCGCGGCGGCGCCGAAGACCUGGUUCGCCUUCCGCGGCGACGCGGCGACGCGUGUGACUCUGGAAAAUGGCGUCGCGGCGCCGAAGGCGCGAAUCUCCGAGGCGUUCGACGCCGUCGACCUCCGCGAGGACGACGAGGCCGCGCUCGCCAACGCCUUGCACGCGCUCGCCGGCGGCGGGCCGGCGGCCAUCCCCGCGGCGGCCGUCGUCGCCAAGGUCUUCGCCGAGGCGGCCUGCGGCGAGGAGGACGUGGUGGCGGCCGCGGGCGUCGUCUGCGGCUGGCCCUUCGGGUCCGACGCGGGCGCGGAGGCGGCGCUCCGGGCGGCGCUGCGGGGCCUGGGCUUGCGCGACGGCGGGUCCCGCGACGCGCGGCGCGCGUUGGAGGCGGCGCUCGAGCGUUUGGACGUGUUCCGCGAGCUGCUGGCGUCGAUGGACGCGCGCGGCCGGGGCCUCCAGGACGCGGACGGCGCGUGGGCGCGCGCGUGGGCCCGCUUCCGCGUCGGCGACGCCUUCGAGUACGCCCUCAAGGCCGCCGAGGCCGGCGCCGUCGACGCCGUCGUGGCGCUGUGGCGGCGCACGCGGCUCGACGACGCCGCGCGCGCGGGCAGAGGCGCCGUCGCGCGCGCGCGCGCGGACGACCGCGUGCUCGCGUGCGUCGCGGCGCUGCCCGGCGACGCGGACCCGGAGCUUUACGUGGCCUGGCUCGCCCGCGAGGUCGCGCCGACGCUGCGGGGCGCCGCGCCCGCGCGGCUGCGCGCGUGGGCGACGGACGCGGCGCGCGGUUUGGAGGCGCGCGGCCGCCUCGACGACGCGCUCCGCGUCGCCGGCACCGUGCUGCGCGCGCUCGAGGGGCCCCACGCCGUCGGCGCGCUGGCGUCGGGCACGCGCGGCGACGUCUGGCUCGCGGAUUUGGAUCGAGUCGUCGCGACGGACGACGAGCAACCGAACCGCCCGCGGGACGAGCUCCGCGCGCUCUACGGCACGCUGCGCCACGUGCUGAGCCUGCGGGACGACCACGGCGUCGCGUCGACGCUCGACUCCUACGAGUCCGCGGACAAGUCGGCCAUCGCGCGCGCGCUCCUCGACCGGGUCGAGGACCCGGCGGAGCUCGGAACGGAGAUCGACGCGCACGUGCGGCCCAUCUGCGGCGAGCACGGCGUCGACUGCGACGCGCUCCUGCUGGAUUACGCGCGGGCCUGCGCGCGGGCCUUCGCCGUGGCGCGGGCGACGGAGAAGAAGCGCCGGUCGGGCGGCCGCGGCGACGCGGCGGACGCGACGGACGCGCGGCUGGCGCGCGCGCUCGCGGUCCGCGAGGAGAUCGUCGACGACGCGAAGCGCCAGCUCGGCGCGCUCGAGGUCCUGGAGCGGGCGCGGCCGCCCUACGGCGCCGCCGUCGUCGCGCUCGCGACGGACGUCGGCGACGACGACGGCGGCGACGAGGACCGCCUCGACCCGGCGGAGCGCGACGUCGCGACGCGGCUCCGCGACGCGGCGCGCCUCGUGACGCUGACGCACCUCGCCCACAAGCAUAGGGUGGCGAACUUCGACGCCGGCGACGCGGGCCACGCGCUCUUCCUCCUGGACCGCGUCGUCGACGGGUCGUGGCGCCUGUCGGGCCUCGACCCGAGGGACGUGCUCGAGGACGCGCGGACGCUCGCGCGGGCCUACCCGGCGACCCUGAGCCUGCGCGGGGCCGUGGUCGCCUUCGUGCAGAACUUGAGCUGCCCGGAGUUCGGGGACGCGGACCUCGGCGACCUCGACGGCUUGGCGGACUCCGCGCGCGCGGCGCUCUGCAAGCACGCGGCCAUGGGCAGCGAGCGCCAGUCCGCGCGCCGCGAGGUGCUCGCCUACUUCGCCGCCACGCUCGACGACGCCGAGGCGCCGCGGAGCGAGCGGCGCUGCUGCGCGGUGCUCGGCGCGCGAUUGGCCGCGGACGUCGUCGCCGACAACGACGGCGCGGGCGAGGACGGCGCGUUCCGCGCGGGCGACGUCGCGCUCCUCCGCGAGCUCGAGAGCGUCGUGCGGCUCCAGGGCGACUGGGGGCUCUGGGCCGCGUCGCCGGCGACGCUCCGCGACGACGCGCUCCGGGAUCGGCUGCUCGCGGCCGCGGCGGCGCCGGUGCUCGCGGCGGACCCGGGGCCGGAGGCGCUGGCGCACCUCGGCGGCGUCGCGGCGCUCCUCGGCGCGCCCGCGGGCUGGGCCCACGCCCAGGUCGCGCUGGCGCACUGCGGCGACGACGCGCACGUCGACCGCGCGGCCGCCGCCGCGGACGCGGCCGCGGCCGCGGGCGCCGCGCCGGACCUGCUGCGGCACCUGGGCUACGGCCUCGUCGAACGGAACCGGAGCAGCCUCGACCUGUCGUCGGCCGUCGGCGACCGGCGCCGCGCGGCGGCGAUGCGCGCGUUCGCGCGCGCGGCGACGGCCGAGCGCGCGCCGGGCGCGGCCGUCGAGCGCGACGCGCUCGCGCUCGAGUCCCUGGCCUUCGUCGGCGCCGUGCGGUCGCGCUGCGUCGGCGCGCCCGGGGCCCGGGACGUGGGCCGCGGCGACGACGGCCUCCUGCUGCGGCCGGACCAGGCGAGCACACCCGUCGCGGCGUUCGCUGCGGCCGUCGCUGCCGCGCUCCGGAGCGGCGACGCCUCGAACGUCGCGGCGGCGGCCGACGGCGUCGUCGACGUGCUCCGGGCCAACGCGGCCUGGCGCCUCGCGUCGGCGUGCCUGUGCCUACGCGACGCGGUCUGCGGCGCGUGCGGGAGCGAGGCGCAGUGGCACUCGGCGCGGCCGCAGGCCUACGCGCUCGAGCAGCUCCGGAGUCUGCUGCACAGCGACCCCAAGACCUGCGCGGGCCACGGCGAGCUCUGCGUCGCUCUGGCGCUGGCGGCGCCGCCGGCCCAGGCCUUCGAGGCCUACCGCGACGCCGUCGGCGCGUGCGGCGGGUCCGCGCGCGAGCUCGCGCGGCUCGGCCACCUCGCGGAGGUCGGCGAGGCCCUCGCGGCGCGCCUCGAGGACGGCCACCUCGAGCACGCGUCGCGGUCCCUCGCCGUGGACGCGCGCUGGUGGAAGUUCCUCCGGGAGCGCGGCGUCCGCUUCGACCACGCGCGCCUGUGUUUGCAAGCGUCGCCGACGACGUGCGACGUCGGCGCGAUACUGAGGCGGUCGCGCGCGCACGCGACGGAGCUGCUGCCGGCCGUGCUCGACGCCGGCGGCGGCGCGCCCCUCGACGGCGAGACCAUCGGCGCCGUGCUCGAGCUCUGCGGCCGCUACGGCGUCGCCGACGACGUCGCGGGGUCCGCGAUCGCGACGCGCGUGCUCGCGCGCGGCGUCGCCGGCGGCGAGAGCUUGGACGUGGCCGCGCGGGAGGCGCUGGACCUCGUGCGCGACGACGACGCGCGGCGCCGCGUGCUCCGCGCCGCGCUCGCGACGGCCGACGGCGCGGCGUACGACCGCGUCGACCUCGCGCUGCGGCUCCUCCUCGAGGCCGGCGACGACGACGAGGCCGUGAGCCGCAGCCCGCUGGCGCCCGUGGACGCGAACGCGUCCAGGGAGGCGACGCUCCUGGCGUCGUGCGUCCACGCGGCGCCGCGCGACGCCGCGGACGCGCCGUCGUUCGCCGCGCCGUCGAGGGCCACGCUCACCAAGUGGCGCCGCUGCGCGGCGUGGCUCAAGGCCGUCGAGGACGACGCGCGCACGCAGCUCGGGGCCCGCGGCGCCGCGGCGCUGGGAGACCGCAAGCUGAGCUUCCACGACGUCGUCGCGCGGCCCCGGGAGGCGCUGUCGGAUUUGCUGUCCGAGGCGUCGUGCCCGCACCUCUCCGUCGUCUGCGGCAUGGUCGACGGCCUGCCGCCGGGGAGCCUCUGGGUCGCCCUCGCGGACAAGGCGGCGAAAAAGCCGCGGCCGGGCUCCAAGGAGGAGGCCUUCUUCUACCGCUGCCUCGACCGCGCGGGCAACGCGUCGCUCGCGUUCCGGAGGAGCGCCGAGCUCGCGGACGCGUUCGCGGCGGACCUCGCCGCGUCCCCGUCGGCGGCCGCGGGCCUGGGCGAGCUCCGGGCGACGCGCGAGGCGGCGAAGCACGCGUCGGCCUGGGCCGACGGCGCGCCGCGCGAGCCCGCGGCGCUCGAGGCGCGCGUCGACGCGAGGCGGCGCGCGGACGCGGCCGCGCGCCGCGCGGCGGCCGUGCUCUUCGGCGCGCCGGGCGCGGCCGUCGACGGCGACGGCGGCGCGGUGCCCGCCGCCGGCGGCGCCGCGGCGCUGCUCCGGCGCCUCUACGAGGCCGCGGCGUCCGCGGCCGCGGCCGCCGCGCUCGCCGCGCCCGCGAAGAGCGCGCGGGAGCCCGGCGGCGACGCCUUCGCCGCCGCGGCGCGGCGGGCCCACGGCGCCGCCGAGGUCCUCGCGGCGCGCGAGGCCGAGCCCGGCGCCGCGGAGGCGGGCCGGCGCUGCCGCCUCACGGCGCGCGUGCGCCUCCGGGCCCUGCGGGCCGCCGCGGUGCUCGCGCGCGGCGACGGCGACGCGCUCGCGGCCGCGUGGGCGCGCGCGGCCGCGCGGGGCCACGGCGACGGCGGCGACGGCCCGCCGACGCUCCUCGCGCUGUCGCGGCGCCUCCGCGUCGUCGCGGAGCUCGCGGCGCUGCGGCUGCCCCACGCGCGCGUCGUCGCGGGCCGCGGCGUCGGCUGCGGCGUGGGCGUCGACGCGUUCGUGGAGACGCUGCUCCGCGACGGCGGCCGCCAGGGCAGGAAAAGGGUGAUUCAACGCGGCCGCGACGCGCGGCUCGCGCCGACGCUCCUGCCGCUGCUCGCGGCGGUGCUCGCGGAGGCCGACGACGACGACGCGGCGGCGCCGGGCGCGGACGCGGCCGCGGACGCGCGCGACGGCGCGCGCGCGCCGCUCUGGGCGUCGCUCCUCGGCGCGCUCGCGGACGCGGGCCAGUGGCGGCCGCUGCUGGCCGUGCUCCAGCGCCUCGCGCCGCGCGCGUGGCUCCGGAGCGCCGCGGGCGACGCCGUCGGCCGCGUCUUCCGCGCGGCCGUGCUCCGGCCCAUCCUCGAGCUCGAGGAGGCGCACCAGCCCGACUCCGACGCGGUCGCCGCGGUGCUCGACGACGUCGUCGCGCUCGCGCGCGCCUGCCCCCACUUCCUCGACGGCGACCACCACGACGUCCACACCAAGAUCCGCCGCGCCCUCGCCGCGCGCGACCGCGAGCAGGACCUCACGGCCGCCGCGCGCGCGCCGCCCGCGCAGACCCCCAAGAAGCGGCGCGCGCGGCGCCUCAGCCUCUAA